AUGCUGGCAGCGUGGUGGAUCGGGAUCUUGUCGCUCCCCACGACGGCACUGUCGCUACAAACGCUGCCAUUUUUAUCCCCGCAAAAUGUCGAGUCCAAUCGACGGGCCUUUGAGGUUCUCCAGAUUUUGAAGCGGGAUACAGAUAAUUGCCCCAGCGGCUACAACUCAUGUUCAAAGCUGGGCAAUGCCGAUGUCUGCUGCAUAACCGGAACUACCUGCACCGCCGAUGCCGCCAACAACAUCGCCUGCUGCCCGACCGGUGCAAGCUGCACUGGCAGUCUUACUGGCGCUUCAACGGCUACGAGGACUGAUACCACGACCACAGAUAGCAGCUUUCUCUUCCCCCAGGGCGCGAGUGCAACGACUACCAGUUCGGGAGUUACCAAAACCGAAUCCACCCUCACUGGACCCUAUGCCUUCGUCAAUGUCCCGACCAGCUUCGUGAAUGCAGCAUCAUGCACAUCAUACUACUCGCUCUGCCAGUCUGAAUAUACAGCGUGUACAGCAGCCCUCUAUGGGCGGUAUGGAGUUACAGUGGGCGGAUCUGGAGGUGGAGUGACAGUGGAAGCUGUGACCGCACUAUCACAGGCCACGUCCAUCUGUUCGAGUCUGAGUGCAGCGGCUUGUCACGGUCUCAGCCCGAACUAUUGUGCGUCGGUGUCAUCAGCUACUGCGGGCUUUAGUGGUAACGGAGUGCCGCUUCGAUCUUCGAGUCUUCACGAUCUUGUUCUCGGAUUGGCCGUUGGUAUUGCAGGGAUCUUUGUUUAA